CGGAAAAUCUGGAAAAUCCAAAAUCAGAUACUUCAAAGUCAGAAGAAAUCGACGUGAAUGUGGAUCAGGGUGACAAUAAUGAUGACAAUAUGGAAUCAGAAGACUUUUCUGAUUCCAACAGUAGUGAUGACGACGGUGAAAACGAUUUGGCUUUAGAGUUAAUUGCUCAGUUACGCGAAAAGAUAAAUGAAAAUCCAUACCUGUAUGAUAACCACACAGAGAUAAUAAAACUAUUAAAAUCCAGUGGAGAAUUAGAAAAGUUGAGAGAAGCUAGGGAAAAUAUGAGUAAAUAUUUUCCAUUGACAGCAGAACUUUGGUUAGAUUGGAUUAAAGAUGAAAUAAGAAUGAUAGAGGAUGAUUUCAAGGAUAGAGACAACAUAUAUCAGUUAUUUUCUAGAGCUGUACAAGAUUAUCAAUCUGUGCCUCUGUGGUUAGAAUAUGUUCAGUUUGCUAUAGGUGGUAUGAAAGAUGAUGGAGGUAUUAGUAAAAUGAGGAAGAUAUUUGAAGAAGCUAUAACUGUUGUUGGUCUACAUGUUACUCAAGGUUCAAUGGUAUGGGAUGCUUAUAGAGAAACAGAAAAUGCCGUAUUGGCUGGAUUGUUGCCAGCACCAGGCAGUAUACCAACACCUGAACAAGAAGAAUCUUUUAAUGUACAGAACCAAAGAGUUUCAAGUUUGUUUAAAAGACAACUAGCAGUACCAUUAUUAGAUAUGGAACAAACUUACAGUGAAUAUAAAGACUGGAAUGGUGGAGAUUUAGAUAUUUAUACAGAAGAAAGUUAUCAAAAAUCAUUAGCUCAUCUCGAAAAAUUAAAACCUUUUGAAGAUUCUUUGGUGACAGCAGAAUCACCCUAUUGGGAAGAAUAUCAGACCUAUAUUAAUUUUGAAUUAAAAGGAGAUGAUCCAUCUAGAAUACAGUGUAUAUUUGAGAGAUCUAUCACAGAAAACUGUUUAAAUCCUGAGGCUUGGUUAAAAUAUACUAAAUAUUUAGACAGUAAACUAAAGAUUAAGUCAGUUAUAUUACCAGUAUAUGAACGAGCUGUCAGAAAUUGUCCUUGGUCUUGUUUGUUAUGGCAGAGAUAUUUAUUGGCUUUAGAAAGACAUAAUGAAAGUGGUAACAAACUGAAAGAUGUAACAGCCAAAGCUUUAACUAGUGGUUUUACUUUAGCUAGUGAAUACAGUACGAUAUGGUCAACAUAUAUAGAUUAUCUGAGACGACAGAUCAACUGGUCAGAAGAUCAUACAGAACAGUUGGAAUUAUUUAGGGAGACUAUUGAGAAGGCUUUAGAAAAUUUAACAGAAUAUUUUGGUAAUGAUGGAGAUGAAAAUGGUAUGAUGAGACAGUACUGGGCUGUUAUAGAGGGUAAAAUGUGUAAGAAUAUGACGAGAGCUAGAGAAAUAUGGAAUGAAAUAAUGGGAUUAGGAUAUGGUAAUCAAGCUAAUAUGUGGUUAGAAUAUUACAAGCUAGAAAGGGCUUAUGGUGAUAAUAAACAUUGUCGUAAAUUAUUACAGAAGGCUUUAAACUCUGUCACAGACUGGCCUGAAUCUAUCACACAGGCAUACAUAAACUUUGAAAGAGAAGAAGGUACUCUAGAAGAUUAUGAUGUAGCUGUAGGUCGGUGUGAGGCACAACUUGACAGACUUACAGAUAGAAAAGCCAAGGCAGCUGAAAAAGAAGAAGUUGCAACUCAACAGAAGAAACAAGUGAGAAAUGAAAAGAAAGCUCAGAAGAAAUUUGAGAAAAAAACACCAAAGAAAGAGGUAAUGACACCACCUGAAAAACCUGCUAAGAAAUCACCUAACAAUAAAAGAAAGCUUGAGGAACCAAAUAGCACCACAAGUAGUAUUUCAAAGCAGGACAAGGCUGAUGAUUUCCGUGUUCCCCCACCACCUGGAUAUAAAGGUGAACCCCCACCAAAUAAAAAACAGAAAACAGAAGAAGAAACAACAACUGAAGGUGUUAAACAUGAUCCUAGUAAAGAUGAUAGAACAGUAUUUGUUAGUAAUUUAAACUUUGAUAUCAAUGAAGAUGGAAUUAAGGAAAUAUUUUGUAAGUGUGGAGAGAUCAGUGAAAUUAGAUUAGUUAAGAAUUUUCAUGGUAAAUCUAAAGGCUAUGCUUAUGUUGAAUUUAUUGAUGAAUUACCAGUAACUAAAGCUUUAGAAUUAGAUAGACAACCAGUGCACAACAGACCAAUGUAUGUCUCUAGAUGUGAAGAUAGGGGUGGUGGUAAAAAGAAAGCAGAAUUCAGGUUUUCUACAGAUUUGGAAAAGAAUAAGUUAUUUAUAAAAAAUUUACCCUUUACAUGUACUAAAGAUGCCUUAACAACCAUAUUUAGUCAGCAUGGUAAAUUAAAAGAUGUAAGAAUUAUAACCUAUAGAAGUGGACAACCAAAAGGUUUAGCUUAUGUUGAAUAUGAGUCAGAGGAAGAUGCAAAGCAGGCUGUAUUAAAAACAGAUGGUUUACAGAUAGGUGAUCAUCAUAUUGAAGUAGCUAUUAGUAAUCCACCAGCUCGUAAACAACCAGUUAUUAAACGAGAUGAAUUCAUACCUUCAUUAGGGGGUGGAAAGAAAGAAUCAGAAACUCGUGGAAAAGCCAGAACACAAAUUGCGUUAUUACCUAGAGCAGUCCAAAAAGUACCAGUUCCGAAGAAGCCUACACGACCAUCAGCAUCAGCAACUGCAUCAAAAAAUGGAGGUUCUGGUGAUUCAUCUGCUCCACCAACAGCUAUGUCCAAUUCAGACUUUCGUAACAUGUUAUUGAAAAAGUAAUUUAGUUUACUUGAUCAUUCGUUGGUAAUAUCAUUGUUUUAUUUAUACGAUGGUAACAAACUUGGAGGUUUAUCCUUAAUCUGAAACUAACUCUUAUCUAGCCUUUGGUAAAUGACUGUUAUUGGGCUGGUUAAGAACUUAAGACAUUGUUUUAUGAAGAUUCCCAUGGUGCUAUUGAAUCUAUUCCAAGCUAAAAUUGAUUUUAACGGAUCUUCAUACAUGACAUUUGUGCUGAUGAUAAAAAUGGUACAGUAAUACUGUAAGUUUAUCUGCCUUGAACAAAAAUUCUGAGACCAAAAGCAAAAGAGUUGUUAAAUUUCAUGACAUUGGUCAAGUGUCUUGGUCUUGAUAUAUUUUUCAUUCUUGAGGACGCACAUUCAUUAAUAUUUUGUUUGUUUAUUUGUUUGUUUAUUUGUUUGUUUUGUUAAGAAGUAUGGAAGAUACUUUGUUGUAUUUUUAAAGGAUUGCAAUUUGUAAGAAAGGAAUAAAAAAAAUUGAUACAAAUUGUACAUAUGAACUUUAGAUCCCUUUGACAAGUACUUAUGUCAAUUCAUAGCAGUAAAAUCUUCAACCAUAAAGGCUGUAUUAGUCAGUGGACAUCAGCUUUGUGUUGUGAUGCAUCAUUUAAUGGUAUGGAUGCGCCAUAUGGAAAUAGUCUUCAGAAGUACGAAAAUCGCAUAAUUCCUUCAAAAAUAUCUCAAACUAUGAAUUUCUUUUCCUAUUUCUGAUUUCUUUCAAACGCUAAUAAUUCUAGACACACAUGGAUGUGAAGUGAGCUGUUAUAAUAAUGGUUAUCUGCUUCUAUAUUCAAUUAGCAUCGAGUUAUAAACAGUGGCGGAGAUUUCCCGAAUUUCUUACUUAGUUAUGGCUAUAACUCUUCAUGUUAUGUUAUGUUAGAGCAAUGUUUUAUUUAAACGAUUUUCGAAAAGCG